AUGGCGGCCCACAACGAUGACCAUCUUGCGGUAGAUGAGACUGAUACCGACGGCUCGUCGGUCACCCAGUCAAGCAUCGCUUCAUCUACGACGAGCGUGACCAGUUCCAUUCUAGAGUAUCGCAUCGAGAACGGGCGAACCUAUCACAAAUAUAAGGAUGGCAAGUACGCCGCCCCCAACGACGAGAGAGAGAAUGAUCGCCUCGACCUCCAGCACAACCUCUUUAUCCGCACAUUUGAUGAUCGGCUCGGCACUGCGCCGCCGAACAAUUCAGACGCAAAAGUCGGCAGGACUCUCGAUGUUGGUACGGGAUCUGGCAUAUGGGCUAUUGACUUUGGCGAUGAACACCCCGAGGCCGAGGUCAUUGGCGUCGACUUGUCGGCUGUACAGCCAGCAUUUGUUCCGCCAAACGUCCAGUUCGAAAUCGAUGAUAUUGAGGAGCCGUGGACCUUCUCAAAGCCCUUUGAUUAUAUCCACAGUCGAAUGAUGACAGGCAGCAUCGGCAACUGGAAGCGAUACCUCAAGAAAUGCUUCGACAACCUCAACCCCGGCGGCUACCUCGAACUCAACGACAUCGACGCCGUCCCCGUCUCCGACGAUGGCACCCUCACGGAGGAAACCUCGCUCAUGAAGAGCGUCCGUCUCUGGUCCGAGGGGCUCGCCAAGCUCGGCUCCCCCUUUGAGGAAUUCAGCCGCUUCGAAAGCGUCCUCAAGGAGAUCGGCUUCGAAGACGUCCACAUUCAGCGGUUCAAGUGGCCGACUAACGGCUGGCCCAAGGAUCAGAAGCAUAAGGAGAUUGGGAUCUGGAACUACGAGAACUUGGCUCCGAAUUGGGAGGGUUUCCUGAUGGCGCCGCUGACUCGGGCGUUGGACUGGACGAAGGAAGAGGUUUUUAUCCUCGCUAUGGAGGCAAGGAAGGACUUUGGUGACAGGAAUAUCCAUGCUUACUACAACAUCUGGUCCAUCUACGGGAGGAAGCCGUUGACGACUGAGGAGGUUCCGCCGGCAGCCGAAGAAUAA